AUGACCUCUAAAUUCCGGCUAAUGGACCUUCCGGAGGAGCUGUUUGACAACGUCAUUGCGCAUUACGUACACAGUGUUCCCGUUAAUGAUGCCUCUGCUACUCGUGCAGUCUCAAGGGUAUUUGACCAAGCUAUAAGCUACCAGAUCAUUCAUCAUGUAUCCAAGGAGAGUUUUAAGGAUGCCGGUAGCCAUAGAAAAGACGUCUUUACCAACAUAUCCGCCGACUACCUCGGAAGCGCAGUUCGGAAGAGGAAGAAUGAACCCUUGGUCACUUUUAUCGAUAAAUGUGCUGAUACUGUCCUCGGGAUCGAGGGUAAGUCCUCUGACGACGAGAGGAAGACUCGAUACCUCCAAGAUAUCAUCCGGUACACGACUCGAGGGGAAAGCCACGCGACGUAUUCACUGGCGAUUCACCCAAACUCCUCUGAUCAUAUACAGCGUCCUUCUCAGAGAGUGGCCAAUUUGACAAGUGCCGCUGCAGUAGGCAGCCUCGUAGCGGUCAAGCAUCUACUGAGAAAAUAUGUAAAGAGCUGGCCUUCGUCCGAAUAUCUCAAUUGGAACUACAACCAGGGUGGUCUCUCAGACGCUAUCGGAGCAGCAGCAUCUAACGGACAUGUUAAAGUCCUGCAGCAUCUACUGAACAAACUCCGGCCUUUGGUGAACCAAAAAUCUGGACUACCUCGAGGCUCUCCGCAACAUGAGCUGCAGCAGUUGAACCGUCGACUCCACUCCAUCUUCUGUCUGGCCAUUCGCUCAAAACACUGUCUGACGAUCCAAACUCUUGCAGAUUUCGCUCAAAAGUACAAGAUGUCUUUCGGCUUCUACUAUGACAGCUAUAGCCCAGAACAGGGUGACGAAUGGAUCAAGAAUGCUGUCAGGACUGGUUGCGUCAAGACAUUCCAGGCUACUAUAUCUACGAUAACGAGCAUUAACCCCAAGGCUUUCCAUGCACUAAAAGAUCACUAUCUAAAGUCAGCCUUUUGGUACUGUUGCAGGUUUGGCCAGGAAGACAUUCUUCAGUACCUCAUUGCCCAAGACUGCGUCUUACUGCAGAGACAUGGCAGAUAUGGUAUGAAGUUGGCUGCUAGACAUCUUUGCCGGAACAUCAUCACCAUACUCCUCGAAAAUGGCGUCUCAAUCAAUGAUGGCAAGCCCGUCCAGGAAGCAAUCAAGUACGAAAACAUCUCUAUAGUCGAGUUCAUGAUUGCCCACGGCGCAAGGGUAGAUGCAAAGGUGGAUGCAAAGGUAGAUGCAGGAACCUACAAUUCUUGUUUGUGUAUUUAA